UGCACACUCCACGGCUCGGCCAAUCAGUGACGCGGCCGCGCGCCAACUAACAUGUUGUGUGUCUGACCUCCAACGCUAUUCGCUGCGUACAUACAUACAUACCCUCGGGGCUAACCCGCGACAGUGAUCUUCCAGAAACAAAAGAAUGCCAGCAAAACGGAAUGUCGUUCCCUCGCCACCUGUUAAAGUCAAAGGUCGCGCCAGGGGCCGCCCGGCCUCAUCCUAGAAGAUGACCGAGGGUUCCCGCCUUCAUCAUGAUAAGCCUAUGUGCGUCCGCAUCUGGCUGGAGGUGGGCCACAGCUGCAGCCCGCGGCCGCGCAGCCCGCAGGCGCGCCCGCUGUCGCUGGACUGGCGAGUGUGGGUGCGUGGAGUCGGCGGACACGACAUCAGCGCCUUUGUACACAAGGUCGUCUUCCAUCUGCACCCGUCCACUGCGUUCGUUUAUCCGAAGCGAGUGAUCCAAGAGCCGCCGUACGAGAUCCAGGAGUCGGGCUGCGCGUCCAUCGACAUCCCCAUCCACGUGUACCUGAAGCACAGCAGCAAGCCAAAGAAGAUCAAGCUCAGAUACAGUCUGCACAUAGAGGAUAUUAGUGCGAGCAGCUCCGAGGUGAGCUGCGUGUUCUACGACGUGGAGCGUCCGUCGGAGGCGCUGCGGCGCGCGCUGCUGGCGGGCGGCGGCGAGGCGGCGCCCGGGCCCCGCGCGCUCGUCGUCAUCACCAACGAGGCCAAGCCGCACCGGCACCACUCCAAAGUCAAAAAAUACAAAUUCAUCGAUUCUAAGAAGCCGUCGAAAAAGCCGCAAGACUGCCCGAAGUGCGGCGACACAAACGUGGACUUUCGCAAGCUACUGCGGAAGGUUUCCAUGACGGAGUCCGAGGUGGAUCUGGUGUCGCAGCUGUACGCGGCUUGCAGCGGCUACGAGCAGUCGGCCGGCGCGCUGGUGCUGCCGCCCUGGUCCGACCCCAUCUACCGCAUGCCCGAGCUGCCCCCCUCCCUCCGCCCCGCCGCGAGUGAGAACAACGACUAUACUGUGCAAUGAGACGAACGUUUAUUGUUUUU